ACGCCACUAUGUAUAAUGGAAAUGGAAGAUAAUAGCAAAGUACAACGCAUUAUUGGUUCAAGUAAAAUUGUGUUCCAUAUAAAUGCAGCAUUGUAUUCUUAAUAGCGCGGAGGAGUACUAGAAAAAGUGCAUUAUCGUCAUAUAUCCAAUGGACCACCAAGUCAGCGAAGAAAAAAAAUAUCUGGAGUCCCUAUUAUUUAGCGGAAAGAAUGAGGAUAUCGAGUAUCGAAGUGAGGAAUUAGUCCUGCCUGCUUGGUAUAAUGCAGAGCUUUUCAGAAAAGCUCAAAAGCAUUACAAGCGGAAUAUAUUUGCCAUGUUUCAUGGCAUUAUAUGCGGAUUAAUAAUGGCUCUUGCAAUCCCAUCAAUACGGCGUAUUUUAAUCGCUACGAAUCAAUCAUCAACCCCCAAAUCAUCCUAUCAUCGUUACUUCCGAAUAUUCCUCCAUAUUCGGGCAUUACAAGAUUUUGAUUUCGAAACAAACCCUAAAGCGUGGAAAAGUGUAUGUAUUAUGAAUAAAGUGCAUCGAAUAUCUAGUAAAGCAAGUGAUAACCUGAAUUGUGGAAGAAUCAAUCAAAAAGAUAUGGCAAUGAUGCAAUUCGCAUUCAUGGGAUUAAUUACUUUGAAAUCGAAGCUAUUGGGAAUAACAACAUGCAAUGAAUACUUAGAAUCAAUGAUUCACUUCUGGCGAACUAUUGGUUAUUUGAUGGGAAUGAAUGAUAAAUACAAUUUGUGCACCGAUUCCUGGGAAACUACAAAACCGAGGCUUGAAAUACUAUUACACAAGCUUUACGAACCGUACUUGAAGACAUUGGACGAAGAGUUUCUGAGUCUAGCUAGGAACGUCAUCAGCGCACUGCAGUGUUUAAACCCAUUUUUGACGUUUGAUGCAUUUUUAUAUUUCAUAAAAAGACUAGCAGGCUGCCCUGGUUAUGAAUACUUGAAAUCAGAUUAUAAGGACCAUGUAAUUGAGAAAGAAUCCCCGAAACUGUACAAGAAAUUGAGUUUAUAUAAUCGGUACAUACUUUUUCUUCUUGUUUCUAUACAUCAACACUUUUAUAAAAACACAAUUUGCCGUUGGUAUUGGAACUUGCGUUUCAGAUUUGCUAUGUUUUUGCAUUACUAUUUUCCAUUUAUAGCGUUUUUCCGAUUCGGCUUUAAAGAUGCAUAUGUAAGAAUAGAAAACUGAUGUAGUGUACACUUUGUUCAUUGAAUAAAAAUUGUAAAAU